AUGGCCUGUCGCUUGCAGCAGACGAGUGCGGGGAAGUGCAUGCCUCGUCCCCACUCCAGCCUACCGUACCACCGCCGCAACCGCUAUCGCACCCUGCCCCCUGCACUCGUGCCGCUCAGGCCCAUCGACCCGCGUGGCUGUCGCGUCUUGAGUACUGUAGGCGAGAGCGCUAGCCUCGCGAUAACGUCGAGCGCCCUGGCCAGGCCUGUGGCCACUACUGAUGCGGCAUCGGCGCCCGGCUCCAAGGAAGAGCAAGGCAUCUCUAGUUACCGGUACCUGCUGGCUUAUCCAGCCAACAGCGACCCGAGUGCCGCCGUCGAUGAUGUAUAG